UUAGCUGUCAGACUUUGGCCACCCUGCAGGUUUUGUUAGCAAACUAACGCGAACUCUGCGACUUUAUUUAAAGUUGUGCAUUCGUCUGCUAACCGAUCUUUGAGCGCAAGAGCUGGCGGGUGAAGUACAAAGCUUGCACGAAGACGAAGCGCGUCGUUUUUAAUCGUUGUUGGGUCUUGCAACACAAGCCAGCGUAUCCUGAACGGGUGUAAGAGUAGAUGCAGGGAGGGAGGGAGUAAAAAAAAAAAAAGGAAAAAAAAGGCAAAAGUCUUUGUGCUUCCCUUCCCCCUCAUCAAAGCGAAGGGGAAAUGUCUCUGUCCAAAGGAGGGAAGAAGAAGAACCCUGGGCUGAAGCUGGCCAAAGAAGUUUUUGCAACGCCCCCACCAGCAGCAACAGCGCCCCCUCGAGAUCUUGACUCUAAAGCUUGUGUCACAAUUGGUGAUCAGAACUUUGUGGUGAAAGCAGAUGACUUGGAGCAGAUUGCAGAGCUGGGGAGGGGAGCGUAUGGUGUGGUCGACAAGAUGAGACACGUGCCCAGUGGUGUUAUCAUGGCUGUCAAGAGGAUCCGUGCCACAGUAAACACUCUGGAGCAGAAGAGGCUGCUGAUGGACUUGGACAUUUCCAUGAGGACAGUGGACUGCUUCUACACUGUGACUUUCUAUGGCGCCCUGUUUCGAGAGGGUGAUGUUUGGAUCUGCAUGGAACUGAUGGACACGUCUUUGGAUAAGUUCUAUAAGAAGGUUAUUGAAAAGGGCAAAACGAUUCCUGAGGACAUCUUGGGAAAGAUCACAGUAGCGAUUGUAAAGGCAUUAGAACAUCUGCACAGUAACCUGUCGGUGAUACACAGAGAUGUGAAGCCCUCCAAUGUUUUGAUCAACACGCAGGGCCAAGUGAAGAUGUGCGACUUCGGCAUUAGUGGCCACCUGGUGGACUCUGUGGCUAAAACGAUGGAUGCGGGCUGCAAGCCCUACAUGGCGCCUGAGCGGAUCAACCCUGACCUCAACCAGAAAGGCUACAGUGUCAAGUCGGACAUAUGGAGCCUUGGUAUCACAAUGAUUGAACUGGCCAUUUUGAAAUUUCCCUAUGACUCAUGGGGAACUCCUUUCCAGCAGCUCAAACAGGUGGUGGAUGAACCUUCUCCACAGUUGCCCGCUGACCGUUUCUCUCCAGAUUUUGUAGAUUUCAUCUCCCAGUGCUUAAGAAAGAAGCCAAAUGAAAGACCAGCUUAUACAGAACUGAUGAAACAUCCAUUUUUCACCCUGCAUGACUCCAAAGAGACAGAUGUGGCCAGUUUCGUCAAGGUCAUCCUGGAUGAUUGAUGGGCUCCCUCCGGACUGCGCCUCAUCAGUGGUAGGCGGGACCUGUCAGCAAACGAACCUAUGGCCUAUCUUUUUAUUUUUUGUUUUUUUGAAAACUCACUGGAACGACAGACUCUUAAUGCCCCCACACACAACAAAAGGCGGGGGUGACCCAAAGACUGACAACAGCCCAGCAGCACUGGAGUUGGAGAGUGGUGGUGAUAUGAACUUGUACGGUCAACUGGAGACGUUUAAUUCACUCUUCCAAGCUUCAUGUGUGAGCAGUUAUCCAAUAUGAAAAAAUAUGAACUCGUCCUAAUUAGUUUUAUCUUGUUUAGCCCCCCCAAAAAAAAAAAAUCUUUCUUUGGAAUGGACAGAGCCCGCCAUUGUUUGUUUGACACACAUAUUUUAUGCAUACUUUCAAUUAUAUCUGCAAAACCAACAGUUAAUAUGUAUGUUGUUGUGUACUGAAAGCUAUAUUUGCAUAUCCGUUUGUAUGUUUUCUCAUGAUGCAGAGUUUUGAUACUGUAGAUCAUCGACAAGUGUGAAUUUUACCAGACUAGGGCCUUACUUGUCAAAUGGCAUCAGGUUUGACCUGGUUUCCACCCUCAUGUGAUUGGUCAGUGCAGGGGCUGCAGUUGUUGCAGGCCAGGCUGUGAGAGGCUCCAGGCCUGAAACAAAACAAGAAAUGUCAAAGGUCAUAUUCUGGGCAGGUGGAGUCUCAUAUCAUCACAGGUCUGAGCCAUGCAGUGACCCACCCCAUCAUUCUUCAUUGUGUUUUUUGGGUAUUACACAGUUGGCUCCUGUGCUGCCAUUGUUACUGCCUGAUGGUCUUCAGGGGUUUCCUAAUCAAGCUCACAGCUUCAUCUUCUAUGUGCCAUUUUGCAAAUCGUUCUCAUGACUUACUGCAUUAAAUAAUUUAUGUUCUCCUUUUUAUUUUUUUU